AUGACCAACACGCCACGAAGCCCGUCGACCAAGAGCCAGGCUAGUCUUCGGGACACUGGCUUCCCUGAGCCCUUUAACGGAGAACGCAACACCACGUUGCCGCACCCCGACGCCAACCUGUCGCCCAACGCCGUCAUCUCGCAAGAGGACAUCAGCGGUAGCCGCGUCCUGGCCCGCACCCGGCGCUCGUUUCUGCACAAGCACAAGCGCACAAUCAGCCACGGCGUCAUCACCCCGCAGAUGGCCGCCCUCUACAGCAGCACCGAAGCCCUUGCCGACGCCGAAGCCUCGGCCAUGCUCGACACUGACGCCCCGUCCAACGCCAGCCAGUUCAGUCUGCCCGCCGGCGCCGGCGGCCGCUACAGCAAAGACGGUGCCGAGAGCUUCCUCUCCCACAGCGGCGGCGACCUCUCGCCCGUCACGUCGGCCCGGAGCGGCAGCAGGCGGGACGGCCUGUUCAAGAAGCUAGGCUGGCGGAAGUAG